GCUGUUGAAGCUGUACAUUGAAGACAAUGUCUGGAAGCUUCUACUUUGUAAUUGUUGGCCACCAUGAUAAUCCAGGUUUUGAAAUGGAGUUUUUGCCAGCUGGGAAAGCAGGAUCCAAAGAUGUUCAUAGCCAUACGAACCAGUUCAUAGCACAUGCAGCCCUGGAUCUGGUGGAUGAGAACAUGUGGCUGUCGAACAACAUGUACUUGAAUACUGUGGACAAGUUCAACAAGUGGUUUGUGUUGACCUUUGUCACUGCAGGACAUAUGAGAUUUAUUAUAGUUCAUGAUAUAAGGCAAGAAGAUGAACUCAAGAACUUCUUUACUGAUAUCUAUGAUUUAUAUAUAAAGUUUGUGAUGAACCCAUUUUAUGAGCCCAAUUCUCUUAUUCGCUCAAGUGCACUUGACAGAAAAGUUCAGUUUCUCAGUAACAAAUACCUUUUAAGCUGAAUGCAGAAAAAUUCCAA